GCUGAUUACAAUAAUACGGAUUGUGUGAUAAUCUUGAGAAAUAUAUAGGCUAAGAGCUAUAUUAUUCACGUUCUAAAUUUGUAUCAAUGAAUGGGUAUCACAUGUGCUUUAAAGUUAUGAUUAAGUGAAAAUUGGUUGUUUAAAAAGAUGGUUUUUUUCUCGAUUGGUUGAAUGAAACCAAAAAGCUUUUGAUCAAUACGACUUAACGUGAAGAAACGUUCGAGAUUAUUAUACUUUACAAUUGGUUGUACGUAAUAUGCGUAAAAUAAAAACCUUAAUAUUCGGUCUAAUAUUAUAUUUGUAAAGGAUUUUAAUGAAAAAACAUUUAAUGAUUGUCAUGUAUCUUUGAAAAUAUUAUGAUUAUUGUCUUUACCAUUGUUAUUAUCAUCUUGAGGAAUUUAUUCAGUAUCCACCCCUACCUACUACAUUUGACCUAAUUCAUAUUAUUCUACAUAUUACGUAAUUUCUGAUUAUUAUUCAAUUAUUCUCACUCUCUCUCAGCCCAUGUUGACCAUAUUUAUUCUGAUCAUUAUUUAUCUCACAAUUUCAUUUCGCUUAUAAACUGAUCCAAGUUAACACUUUAUAUUAAACAGCCCCAACAUUAACGAUCUGAAUUGAUUUUAUAUAACAAACAACAAUUCUCAAUUCACAUAUUACAACUUCGAAAUGACGUACUCUGCCUUAAAUCUGACCAAUUUUAUGGAUUAUUAAUCUGGAUAUGAGAUAAUUGUAGAAUUUGAUGAGAAAUUCAUUGAAAAGAAUAUUCUUCGUUCAUACAAUUAUAAAAAUAUUUCCAUUAACAAAUAUAAGACUGUAUAUUCUUCUCAAAAUUGUCGCUGAUCAUAUUGUCUAAAGUAGUAUUUUUAAUUUUUAUAAAUAAUCUGUCCAGUCCAAUGAACAUGAAAUACUCAACAACAAAAAAUAACUAGAGAGUAAAUGAUUGUAACCAAUUUUGUUUUUUUUAUAGAACAUGAAAAGUUAAUGGAUAUUCAUCAAGUAACAUUGAACAAUGAGCAUAUGAAAACGAUAUUUUCGAUACGUGAGUUCAAGUUCAUUUCAAGUUAAAUUCUAAAUAAACAAAAUAAAAUAUCAUUAAUUUUUUCUUAGUUUUAUUAACCUGAUUGUUGUUUUUUUUCCAAUUCGAAUAGAAUAAGUAUUUGACAAAUUAUAGAAAAAAUGAAUAGGGUAGGUUAACUAAUUCAUUGUUACAUAGUAAUAUGAUAUGUAGUUGUUUGUUUUUUAUUAGGUGAGGAAUCAUUGAAAUCUAAAAGUUAGUGGAUAGUUAAUGUAUAUUGUUAUGAAAUGAUGUUUAAACCGCUGUUAACUAGUAAAUUAUAGAAAAAAUAGUUGUAAACAAAACAUUUUUUAGAUUACUCGUUUUCAUCUUUACAAUUUCAUAUAACGCUCAAACCAAGAUUAGAGUUUGUGUAAUGUAAUUCAAGGUAUUUGAAGAAAAUUUGAUUUUGUUUGUUCCAUUAAAUGGUACCAAAGAAAUGAUAAAGUGUUUAUUGAUGCCCAUGUAACUAAAACAAGAUCAAUUUUAAUUAUGCUCAUAUUCACGUAAUUUUUCAAGAAUCUGAUAAGAAUCAAUAGUUAUAUUAUCAGUUCAGCAAAUCACUUUAGGUCUUCAUUUCAAAUCUGCUUUCAUGCUACAUUGUACUGUAACUGUCUACUUUUAAAUGUUUAGACAUCACCGAUAGAUAAAUUGUGUGAAUAAUGAUUGACUAAGAUCUGACACUAAAAGUAACUGAGAUCCCUGUACAGCUUAGAAAGUAAAACAUUUUGUUAUAGAGGCUACAAGUGAUCUCUGGCUAUUUGAAACAAACUAUAUAAUCCAUUCAUCCAUCAGUAUUCCUUAGGCCUUAUUCUAAGAUAUCAGUAGCAAGCGAAGUAGCUAUUACAAAAGAACAAGCAGGAGAAAUGAUCGAAAAGGGUGUUUACAACAAGCCCAACGAAUAGCUGUAUUUAAAUUAUCGGCGUCAUAGUUCGACAAAUUAGGGAAAUAGGUAUACAAAAUAUUGUCGAUCAAUCAUUAUCCGCACAAACAAAUUAAAAUGCACAUUUGUUAAGGAUUCAAAAAAUGCGUUGAGUAGCACACAUAACAAAGCUAGUACAACUUUAUUUUAAAAUUUAAACGGAGGAAUAUAUCUCACUGAUUACCAUUGCAUUGUCGUAAUGUCAUAUACUAUGUAUUCCUGUUACCUCAUAAUUCAAAUAUAAGCCAGAGUAAGUAAACAAAGUGAGUCAAAUCAGGUUUUUCAUAAUGAUUUUAUUAAUACCAAUUUUGUUCCCAAAAGUAAUUGAAUUUUAAACGUAAAAUGCAAUAAAAUAAAAUACUAAAUUACUUUUUACGCGAAAGAUAAAAUGAUCAUAAUUGUAAGCUGAUGUGUGAUAUUAAUAUUAAUAUAAGUGUUCAUUCGUUUUUUUUGUUAAAUGAUCGAAAUGCUUGUUAAUUGAAGAAGUUUCAACACCUUAACAUAUUGUAUUUAUUCAAAUGCAUUAAACCAUAUGUUAUAACUUGUUUCCUGAGCGUCCUGUUAAUGGAUAACGUAACGAUACCGCCAAUUAGAAAGCAGUGAAUUAUCGAUCGGACCGGUGACGCAUAAAACCCGUGCGAGUAGUCCAGAGUCCUUAUUGGUCCUGCUUUCCGCCUAGCCCAGCCAGUUGAGUUCAGAACACCAAUUUCAGCCUCUGCGAUAUGAAUCAUUUAUUUCAAACAUACUGGAUUUAAAUACCAACCAGACAGACCAUAUCGUACCAAUAAAAUAUGAAACAACAUUUGUACAAGAAUUAGCGAAAUGUGGCUGUGAAUGAGGGAGGUAGUAAUUAAUAGACAGGACAUAAUUCAGGGAUGGUAGAUUGUAUAAUCAUAAUUCAUAGGCCAAUAUAAAGCUCGUAAUAAGAGGGACAUGAAUAUGAACAGUUUAGUUAUUUAACAAUUAUACGAUAAAAAUAUACGCAUAUUAUUAGUUCAUAAAUGGAUCCCAAAAGUUACCAUUCAUUAUGCCUAUCGGGACCUAACACCAUACAAGUUAGAUAAAUCAACUUUUAUGUCUAUUUCAUAACCAAAGCUAAUCUGUAAUAUUCAUCAAUUUCUUGAACUACGGAAUCUUUAGUAUUUUAGUGCAUUUAAAAAGUAUACGUAAAUGAACUAUUGAUUAGAAAUAUUAUGUUUGAUAAAAGAAAAAUAGUCAUUUAAGACUACACUCAGUUCACUAUUUUAUAAUAUACCAUCAGCUUUUCAAAUGAUCUAUCUUAAUAAUAAUAUUCAUGUUUAGUCUUAACUUUUUUCAUGAUAAUCUUUAAUGUUAAACACUGAUGAAGGCAGCACAUGAGUAGAAACUGAACAAUUUCCUAUGUGGAAAAGCGAAUAGAUUCAAUUGAUCAUUGAUCAUUUCAUACAGAAAAAAUAACAACUUUACACAAAUUGUAAUCAUACAUGGGAAAUUAUCAAACAAAAUAUGUACUAAUUAAAAUGGCGCUGUAUCACAUACUAUCUUCCUGUUUGAUAAUAUUUACGAGUCUCACAUUGAUUAUUUUACAGACAGUAUUUUCGUACUACAUUCCUGUAGGUUCAGAUAUGGCUUGGCCUUCAGUUCUAAUUCCAUUUGGUUAUAUUCCUGCAAGUCUAUUAUUUCUGACAGCUGGUGCAACUUUAGCUACUGGAUUAACAAAUUCAGAACUUUGGCAAGCAACCAGUGUUGUAUGCUGUAUACUUCCAUUGAUAACCACCAUCGCUAUAGCGUGCACUACAUUACAACAAUAUAUGGAUACUUUUCCAAAAAAUUCAAGUAUUUUGAUUAUGGGAGUGAUUAGUUGUUUGACUUCACUUUUAUGUUUUAUUCAUGCUAUUCUAAUAUGUGUCAGCCAACAUUUUUUUCAUUUACCAUAACCAAUUAUCAGACAAUGAGAAUUUCACAUAUCAUUUAAUGAUUGAGUUUCAAACGUUUUCGUUACCUAUGAAAUUUUAAAAUCAAAUUUAUGAUAGGGCAUUAGGUAGAAGUAAGAUUUGUUACAGGGACAAAAUAUGAUAAAGCAUCAGUUUUUAUAAACAGUAGUUGUACGUAAACAUAUGCCAUUUAUGUUGAUGGUAUCACGAGUUGUAUAGAAAUUACAUGAAGGUUUGUCAACACUACGUUGUAUCAGUUUAAAUUUCACAAAAAUCAAAAAUAUUCAUAACUUCCUAAACGUAUAUCAUUUAUAAGUUUCCUUCCAAAUGUUCUCAACCAUAACGUCAUUAAAAUAAAUGCUUAGCAGUACUGAAUCAUAUAUCCUAAUGAUUAUGUUGCAUUUUCUCGACAGAAGUUGACACUUACCUGGUAUUAUAUUAAUUCUAGAACUUUAUUGUAUGUCUAGGAUAUGAGGGAUUGAAAUUCAUGAAUCUUCAUUUUUAUUAACAGUUAAUUAAUUUAAGGAUAGUUUUUUCAGAUAUUAAAAAUAAUAUGCAGGAUUUUCUGGUUAUAGCGUUCGUAAUGUAUAGCAGUUAACUUUUAAAUAAAAGCGUAAUCAGUUACUCAGUCAAUUAAAACCACGAUCAAUAUACUUGGUAGCUAUACAUGUUUACAUUAUCAAAGUAAUUAAAAGCUAUUGAAAAGUAUCAAUUAAUACUCGACGCAAAGAUUAGUUGUAAACGUAAUGAAAGUUAACUUUUUUACCCAACACUCAACGAUAAAAGCACAUAUAUUUCUGAUAUUAAUAUUCAAAACAAUUCAGAUGACCAAGUAGAAAGAACUGUUUAUCGAAAAAACACUGGGUGGGUUUUAUUUGAAUCUGAAUAGUUUCUGUCUAGCAAACUAAAAAUGACUGGUUAAAACACUAUUCUAUCGAAUAUGGAAACUAUGUUUAGAGAGAAUAUUGAAUAGGAACUAACUAUAGUUCAAAAGUGUUUACGAGAUAAUGUUUAUCUGAGAAAUAAGAGAACUUCAGUCGUUUUACUAUUUAACUUCAACGGCGAUGAAAUAGUUAGAAUGAUUAAUUAUAGAUUAAGUGCUAUAUUGAAGAAAGCAUGUCCAGUGGCUAAACUAGUUUCAUCACAAUAAACGAAUUGUUUAUUCAGACAAACAACAGUAGGAAAUUACCACCUUGUUACUUUAAACUGUAUUUACCAGUCUACAUGUUUGUCCCAUAGAAUAGAAAGAACGGUUCAUAUUCUCCUGUCGGAGCAGAUUCUACAAAAAAGGUCAACAUAUUUUGUCAUUGCCCGUUAUCUGUUUCAUAGCGGAUACUAUGUUGAUAUUUUAAAAUCAUUCGAGACAAUCAAUACUUAAACAUCGACUUUAUCACUUUACCUCAAAGCUGUCGUUAUUAAACUUCGAAACCAAAACUAUGUAUACAUAAGAAUACAGUGGUGAAUCCCUUCCUAUCCUGGUAGCUUUUCUUUCUCAAUAUUCAUUUAUGUAAUAUCAUAUUCUCAAUAAGAAAUUCCUUUAUUUCAUUUAUGGGUCUUUUCUGAGUUGUAUUCGUCUUACUCUCUAAAUCUAUCCAAUUUAUGAUUGUUACGUAAUUUUUGUACUCUGGAAAUGUGUCUCCACGUGUUUUAAAAUUUCUCUUGUAGGACUUUCACAUUUAACAACAUAUAAAUAUUGCACAAGUUGAAAUCAUGAGCCAAUUGAAGCUAGACCACCAUGGAAAACCUGG